AAAAUCUACACACACAGCGCAUGUCCGAAAUUAGAAAAAUCAGGCGGGUAACGUUAAACGCUGGAAGACUCUAAAACAUCCAUCAAUACAGAAAUAAAAUAAUAAGCCCAGCAAAACAUCAAUCUGGAACCUUAAAGGCGAAUAACAGAUUCAGGUGAUGUCGGAAAUAUCGGAGAAGUCAUUAUCAAUGGACAACGAGGGGAUGGAGACCUACCAGAGGUACAUCAGUGAGGGAAAAGAUGCUGCCAGACAAGGAAAUAUACCGAAGUCUUUGGAAUUGUUCAAGCUGGCACAUGACAUCCACCCUAGUGAUAAACUUAUGGGCCGGAUAAAGAAACUUCAUGAGGCUAUAAAGGAGAUGGCGCAGCAAGGCUCAGAGAGUGAGGAAGAAGACUUUGUCAAUGUCAACAACAGUGGUCUAAUGCUUUUCAAAGAACUUUAUGACAAACUGUAUGAUCACCAGGUAGAAGGAGUUGCUUUUUUGUAUGGUCUUCAUAGAGAUGGUCGUACAGGAGGAAUCCUAGCUGAUGACAUGGGCUUAGGAAAGACCAUCCAGGUGAUAUCCUUUCUUUCUGGCAUGUAUGAUGCUGACUUGGUUAAGCAUACCCUGCUUGUAAUGCCAACUUCACUAAUCAAGAACUGGAUCAAGGAAUUUUCCAAAUGGACUCCGGGAAUGAGAGUCAAAGAGUUUCAUGGCACAAGCAAAGUGGAACGCAACAGGAAUUUAGAGAAGAUUCAAAGAAGAGGUGGUGUCAUCAUUACUACAUACCAAAUGCUGAUCACAAACUGGGAGCUUCUCUCAUCAUACAAUGGCAGAGAAUUCAAAUGGGACUAUGUAAUCCUGGAUGAGGCACACAAGAUCAAAACCUCUUCAACCAAGACAGCCAAAAGUGCACAUGCUAUUCCUGCCAGGAAUCGUUUACUUCUUACUGGCACUCCUGUACAGAAUAACCUGAGGGAAAUGUGGGCUCUUUUUGAUUUUGCUUGUCAAGGGGCACUCCUUGGUACGUCUAAAACCUUCAAAGCAGAGUAUGAAAAUCCCAUCACCCGUGCAAGAGAAAAGGAUGCCACCCCAGGUGAGAAAGCCCUUGGGCUUAAAAUGUCAGAGAACCUCAUGACCAUCAUAAAUCCCUUCUUUCUAAGGAGGACAAAGGCAGAUGUACAGAGCAAAACACGAAAUCAUAUAAAAAAUGCAGAAAAAGACAUUCAGUCAGAAGACAAAGAAAAUAAAUGUGUGAAUGGUGGUGGUGGUGGUGGUGCAGAAAUGCCAAACCUUACUAGGAAGAAUGACCUUAUCAUUUGGACAUACUUGAGCUCAAUUCAGGAAGACAUCUACAAGCAGUUUAUCUCCCUUGAUCACAUCAAGGAGCUGCUCAUGACCACAAAGUCACCAUUGGCAGAACUGAAUAUUCUGAAAAAGUUGUGUGACCAUCCACGACUUCUUUCUGCCAGGGCUAUUGCUCAGUUAGGCCUGGAAGAAGGAAUAAGCACAAACCUUCAACCAGAUGAAAAUGAGUCUGCUGCCCAGAGAAUUGACAACAUAUCUGAUGAAACACUGAUAUCAGAAUCUGGAAAGCUGAUGUUUCUCAUUGCACUUUUGGAAAAACUUAAGGAAGAAGGCCACCGCACACUUGUUUUCUCACAGUCAAGAAAGAUGUUAGACAUCAUUCAACGGGUUCUAGUUAACAGGCGUUUUAAGAUUGUCAGAGUUGAUGGCACAGUAACUCACCUUACAGAAAGAGAGAGGCGCAUUGAACUGUUUCAGACCAACAAGCAAUACUCAGUCUUUCUUCUAACCACUCAAGUGGGAGGUGUUGGUCUCACAUUGACGGCAGCAAACCGAGUAGUUAUUUUUGAUCCCAGCUGGAAUCCAGCCACUGAUGCCCAGGCUGUUGACCGGGCCUACCGCAUUGGGCAAACUGAAAAUGUUGUCAUCUACAGAUUGAUCACAUGUGGCACAGUGGAGGAGAAGAUCUACCGACGACAAGUUUUCAAAGACUCCUUAAUCAGACAGACCACCGGGGACAAGAAAAAUCCGUUCCGGUACUUCAGCAAACAAGAGCUGAAAGAACUCUUCAUGCUACAAGACACUCGAUCCUCAUCAACUCAGCUGCAGCUGCAGUCACUGCACUCAAGACAAAGACGCACAGAUCCAACAUUAGAUGAACACAUUGCUCAUCUUUACUCUAUGGAGAUGUUUGGAAUCUCUGAUCAUGACCUCAUGUUCUCACACGAAGUAGAAAACAAUGAUGAUAACCCUGAAGAUCAGGAAUCUCACCAGUACAUAGAGAACCGGGUGCAGAAAGCUCAGGAGCUAAUGAAGGCUGAGUCUAAGUUGCACCAGCAGCUUGCUGAGAGUAUUGAGUCAAGCACAGAGCCGGCAUGGCUACGGAAACCCCCUCAGUACAACACUGUAGGGUUGUCUGAGAAGCUAAAUGAUGAAAAGCCCAGUUCCUACUACCCUAGCCAUAACUGCUCCCCAGAGAUGGUGGAUCUUACACAGUUUGUUUCUGGUGGUGAGGAAGAUAUCCAGAAUCUGAGUAACAAAUUAAUUGAUCUUGCUGUAGAUGAAAGCAUUGAGAUUGAAGGACCCACUGUGACAACUGCAAUUGAGGAAAAGUUGUUAAAAAGCAAUCCUUCUCUCAUAGACCAUUCUCUUGAAGAGGUUUUAUCAAAUAUUGAGGAAAGUGACACUUCUGUUCAGGAGGUUUUCAGUGUGUCAUCAGAAGAGAACAAUGAUAUUGUUGCUGGGGAGCAUAGUUCAAGUUUAGUUACCUCUGAAGUUCAAGACAAACCAUACAAUGGAAAUUCUUCCUCAAAAUUGCAGAACUUGUCAUAUCACCAAGACUCCAUACCGGACCAAAAUCUUACACCUUUCAAAUCCCUGAAAAAUCCAAGACUUUCUAUAUUGCUGCAGAUGUCCAACACAAGCUUAGAAAGUCAUGCAGAAACAUCCACAAAGGGGGAUUUGGAACUUGAUUCUUUUCAAGGAAAUUUCAAUCUACAGUUAGAAGACAGUGCUGGUGAUAUGUUUGCAGAGGAGGAAUCAGAGUCUCCGGGAAAUCCAGGAGUUCAUCUAGGGAUGGAUGAAAGCCUAAAUGGAGAUGACAAUACUUCUGUUCCUGCCAAUAAUGCCUUUGAACAGGAUGGGGGCGAUGUCCAUGAUUUUAACUCCCAUGUCUCUGAAGCAGACACUUCUGUAGAGAAUUCGUUCAUUGCUUCAAGGAAAAAGAAAAGAGCUGCUGUGAUUUAUGAUAGUGAGGAGGAUGACAUUGAGGAGAACAAGGAAGAUGAGAGGCAUUAUUCCUUGACCAAUGAAUUAGAGAUGCAAGGAAUGGGAUCUUCCACACCAAAAUCAGUUAGGUCUGGAUUGAUUUCCUUUAAUGCCAGGAAAAGCUUGGGUGGGAACACCUCUGUGGCCUCAAAGCGGUCUUUUGUAAAUUCUUUGAUUGAAGAUGUGGAGGACCUCGAUGAAGAUAUGGAAGCUGAGGUGUCAGAGGUGCACGCUGAUACUGCAAAGGAUGAAAGCGAGGUGACUGGAUCUUGUGUGGAAAGUGAGGUGACUGGAUCUUGUGAAGAAAGUGAGGUGACUGGAUCUUGUGAGGAAAGUGAGGUGACUGGAUCUUGUGAGGUGUCUCUGAUGGAAGAAGAGGAACCAAUUGGAGAAACCUUGAACACUGAGAAUGAAGAGGACCGUGAGGAUGGUGGAAGUGAGUCAAUGAAUGUUGCUGAAGAAUCUGAAAUGGGAGAGGAAGAAGAAAGUUCAUUGGAAGAAUCUACUGGUGAUGCUGAACUUGCUUCUACUGAAAGAAUGGACCAAUGUGCAAGUGGCAAAGAAGCCUCAUUUCAAACUACAGAAGUGGUUAACAACAGCAACAUCCUGGCUGUGACAGAGAAAAGGUAUGAAAACCUUGUAAAAAAGGGAAAACAGUCUUAUUCUGAGGGGAAACUUGAUGAUGCCCUUAGUUUCUUUUUGAAAGCAAUUGACAUUAGAAGUGGUGAUCCUGAAAUUCAGUUAAUGACAAUUCAACUGUACCGUCAACUUAGUAAUAAAAUUAAGAGGUGAAAUAUUAAUUUCUGUUAAACUUAUUUGAAAUAUAAAUCACUUUUAGUGGUGUCUUUUUUAAAAGGGUUCUCUUGUUAAACCAUGUUGAAGCAAAUGGCUAAAAUAAAUAUUUUCUGUAUUGUGUAUUUGUCCCAUGGCUUUGGAAGCUGAAUGUAAUAUAUGCAAUUCAUAAAUGCAUGUACAAAUUGUUCAUCUGUUAUCUGUUUUUGUUCAGUUUGCUGUAACAAUUUUAGUAGAGCAGUUCUUCUGUGGAGUGCUUGACAGUAUCUAAAAAAUAUAUCAGUGAUUGGCAGUUGUUGAUAGUGUUACAGAAGAUGACCAUUUGGUGGGGCUCUAAUUACUGGAAACCAGAAUGUCUGUUUUGCCAGAUGUAUUUGUCCUUGUAAGUGUAAAAUAAUUAAAGUCUUUAUUAAACUAAUUAAAAUCA